AUGACUACAAGCAAACUUUAUAUAGGACAUCUUUCCUCAAGAACAGAAAAAAGAGAUCUAGAGGAGUUGUUUGAAAGAUAUGGAAAAGUUAUCAGUGUAAAUGUUAAACCUACGGGAUAUGCUUUUGUUGAAUUUGAGGAUCCACGCGAUGCUGAUGAUGCAGUAAAACAAUUAAAUGGUUAUGAAUUGGAUGGCGCAAGGAUUAUUGUAGAAUGGUCACGUAGGUCUGGUGGACCUGGGAGUGGUUGUUUUUUGUGUGGUGGACAAGGUCAUUGGGCCAGAGAAUGUUCUGAUGCUAGAGAAAAGGGUAUGGAUGUUAGAAGUGGAAAAUGUUUUCGAUGUGGUGAAACAGGUCAUCUAGCAAAAUAUUGCAGAGGAGGUGGCGGUGAUUAUGAUCGGGGAGGUCAAUCUUCUAGAUACGGAAGAAAUCGAUCUUCUUAUUCACAUGGUUCUGAUAAUAAUAAUAAUGCUGGUUACAACAGAUCAUCAAGAAAUCGAUCACGAAGUUCAUAUAGACGCAGUUCAAGCCCUUAUGAUUAUGAUUAUAGAAGGAGUCCAAGUCCAUAUGGUACCAUUUCACCGCCUCCGCUUCCUCCUUCUAAUAAAAACAUAAAGAUUAUAUAUAAUGGACCGUUUUCUCAAGCAAUUAAACGAUUAAAAGUUUUCUCGAUUUCAUCUUUAGUUGCAACCUUUUCAAUUACGCCUUUAAUUUUUCUAGUAGAUUCAUCAAUUGAUCUAGUUCCUAGAAUUGCGUUGGCGACAAUAAAUUCAAUUCUACUUCAACCAAAUACUCCAAUAACUUUCGUAACUUAUAACAUAUUCGGUAAUCUACGCUAUACAAAAGUUCCAAUUGAAUUAUUGGAACCUUCUUUAACAAGGUUAUUUUCAACUUGGAAAAUCAAAGAUGAUAUACCACCGAUAUCAUCACCAAUAUCAAUAAACUCUAAAGGAAAACGAGUUAAACUUGUAAAAUAUUUUUAUUUACAUUUAAAUUUGUCGUUAAAUGAAGAAAUGAGAAAAAUAGUUGAAAAAGUCGGAUAUCUUCCAAAAGCCAUAAAAAAUUUUGAGCUUCCAGCAGCUGUGAAAAACUUGGAACUUCCUGACGCAGUAAAAAAUUUUGAGUUGCCCGCUGCAGUAAAAAAUAUUGAACUUCCUGAAGCUGUUAAGAAUAUUGAUAUAUCUAACGCUGUCAAAAAUGUUCCUAAUACUGUUAAAAACAUGGAACUUCCUAAUGCUAUCAAAAACAUUGAAAUUCCUGAUGCUGUUAAAAAUAUUGAUAUAACUAAUGCUGUUAAAAAUAUUCCUAAUGUCAACACAAGUAUGAUUACAUUUGCAUCAAGUGCCAUGACUAGUGUUGCAUCAUUGUCAAAAACAUUUCAACAAAAAGUAGAAGAAACAACAAGAAAUAUUCAACAACAACAUGAAGAAUUUGUUAAACAAAUCAAAGAGGAGACACUUGUACCAAAAUCUGGAACUGAGGCUGUUGCACCAUGGGUUGGACUUCCAAAUGAAGAUGAAUUAAAAGAACAAAUUUUAGCUUUAUCACAAGAUAAAAGAAAUUUUACAAUUCCACCACCAGAAAAUACAAAUUUUCAAUUUGAUAUGCAUAUAUAUUUUCAAACCGCAAUGGCAACAUUAAAAUCUGAUCCAAAUCUUAAUCGUAUGAGAUUUGAGUUGGUUCCAGCUCAAGUUCAAGAGCCAACAUUUUGGAGAAAUUAUUUUUAUCGUGUUUCUCUUGUUAAACAAACUGCACUUGGAUCAAUUGAUUCUGUUGCAUUAGAAAAUCAAGUUUAUUCAAAAGUUAAUGAAAUAGAAACAAAUGAAAAUGGCGCAUCGAAAAACGAUAAUAAAAAGGUUGGAUUUUUGGGAUUAUCGAAAGUUUUGUUUGAUGUUAAAAAAGUCGAUAGUUCAGGUACACCACACGCGCAAAACAAAUUUUUUACCAAAAACUGGAUGGAUGAUCUUGCUUCAGCUGUUGGUGACGAAGAAGUGCCUGAAAAUUGGGAAGAACAAAUGAAAGAACAUUUAUCUUCUACAUAA